UCCGUAAGCCUGGCUUUGGUUCUGGGUUUGAUCUUUCUGGUUCUGUUUGAGGUGAUGAGGAUUCAUUUCAGCAGAGCCCGAACUCCACCUGGACCCACACCUUUCCCUUUUGUGUGAACAAUACCAUAUUUUAUAAAAGACCCAAUGGGAUCUAUCAGAUCACUCAAUCAGUUUGGAGAAUUGUCUAGUCUGUACCUGGGACGAAAACCAUCAAUAGUCUUAAAUACACUCCAGAUCACUAAGGAAGCCCUGAUGCAAGAAGGUUCAUCUUUUUCGGGAAGACCAUCUUUACCUCUUGUAGAAUUGAUAACUAAUGGACUCGGUAUAAUAAUGACGAAUGGUCACUCGUGGAGACAGCAGAGAAGGUUUGCUCUCCACACGCUCAGAAACUUCGGCCUGGGAAAGAAAUCUGUAGAAGAGCGUGUGUUAGAUGAAGCCGGAUACCUGGUUACUGAGAUGCUCAAAGAUGAAGGAAGGUCAUUUAACCCAGAGCACGCCUUACAGAAUGCAGUUUCAAAUAUAAUCUGUUCCAUCGUGUUUGGAGAUCGCUUUGAAUACGAUAACAAACGCUUUGCGUACCUUCUGAAAAUCCUCAAAGAGAACUUUAUUCUGUCAGGGUCACCAAUAGGACAGAUAUUCAACUUGGUUCCUUUCAUCAAGCACUUUCCUGGACCUCAUCAGAAGAUCCUUCAGAACGCCAAUGAGUUAGUAAAUUUCAUUCACAAGGAAGUUAAAGAACACAGACAAACUUUGGAUCCAGAAAACCCACGAGACUUCAUUGAUGCCUACAUGCUAGAGAUAGAAAAACAAAAAUCACACGAGGACUCAACGUUUCAUGAGGAGAACAUGGUGAUGUCAGCAGCUGAUCUCUUUUUGGCUGGAACUGACACGACGGCGACCACCAUCAGAUGGGGACUCAUCUUCUUGAUGGACAACCCAGAUGUACAAGAACGAUGUCAUAAGGAGAUUGUUCAGGUGUUGGGUUAUGAUCGUCUGCCCACCAUGAAUGACCGUGACAAACUUCCAUACACAUACGCCACUGUUCAUGAGAUUCAGCGCUGUGCUAACAUUGUUCCUCUCGGUGUAUUUCAUUUAACCACACAGCCAACCAAACUAAGAGGAUAUGACAUUCCCAAGGGAACUAUGAUCAUGACAAACUUAACAGCAAUCUUCAGUGAUAAGGAGCACUGGAAAUGUCCGGACACUUUCAAUCCAGAGAAUUUCUUAGAUGAGAAGGGACAUUUCUGCAAACCUGAGGCAUUCAUCCCUUUCUUAAUCGGUCCGAGGGUUUGUCUCGGUGAGACCCUUGCAAGGACGGAGCUUUUCCUUUACUUUGUGUCUCUACUACAGCGGAUUCAUUUCUCCUGGCCACCAAACUCACAGCAUCCAGACAUGGAUGGUAUCAUGGCUGUGGUGAGAUACCCUCACCCCUUCAAAACCAUCUGCCAUAGCCGAGAUGCCAAAGACUGACCGUCAGUGACCCGACCCAACACGCCAACAGACCGCUGAAGUCUAUCUGCAUCCAAAUUAAGCAUUUUAGAUAGUGCUCAGAAGAUGUAUCUGGGUCAUUCUACAGAAACAUACACUUUUGGUAUGUCAAGAUGUCUUAAAAUUAAUUUCUUUUUCUAACAUUUAAACUUAGACCACAUUGUUAGAUUACUCUUUGACUUUAUGAGUACACAUAAAUGACAGCUUAAUGAUGUUUUAUUUUUUGUGUGCAUGUACUUAAAGACUGCAUUCACAAUUUUUUGUCACUGGUGUUACCUUACUUCUUUA